UAACUUGUGGUACUCGUUGGUGCUGGCAGUCUUUUUUUGCAUUACUAACUCGUCAUUUUACACUUAAUUGUGUGUUUUACGGCACUCUAUUGUGAAAAUAAAGAAAAGUACUAAAAUAUUAAUGGGAGAAGAAGGCUGAAUGUAAAAUUUAUACAAGCGGUUUGACUAAAUCAGUGAAAUCUUUGUGAUAUAACAAACAAAGCUCAGCAACCAGAAUUUGCGAAUUUGCAAAUCAAACUUAGCAACGUGUUGUGUCCCGUUCGCCGUUUACAACAACAAGCAUAGCACUCCAACGAAAGCACCAAACAACACGUCCAAAUAAUAGAAAUCGAAAAUUUUUCCCUGACCUGACGGGAACAAAUAACAAUCAAUCACUUACACAAUAAGGCAAUAAAAAAAUCUUCCAACAACAUCAACGAAACAUUACAAAAUCCGUUGCCCUAGAAGUUACAGUUGGUGUAUGCACAGAAGCAGACAAGAACCAUCGACCUCAACCUCGUGCAGGAAGUGUGUGUUCUGAUCCAGGGGCAAAAUAAGAAGAAACCAAACCAAGUGGUGAUUACAGUCAAUUAUUACACUUAAGAUCAACAACACAAGCGAACGCAAGCGAGAAAGCCGCAACAAAGAAAUGUCUGCAAUUUCUCCAAAUACCAGCGCCAGCAUAGCGAACAGUUCAUCAACCUCCUCCUCCUCGACUUCCGCGGCGUCCGCGGCCUCACUGUCGAGCAAUGCCAUUGCAGCUGCCAUUUUGCCUGUCGCCCUGAGUUCAUCCUCAUCGUCGGGGUUAAGUGCAAGUGGUACUUGCAGCUUCAAUGGAGUCUUAAUUAGCGAAAUUUCCGACGAAAGCAAAUUGGAAUUUAGCCCUAAACACAAGGGAUCUUGUUCUUUGUUAUGUAGCUACGAUUCGCAAGGUGUACUUAUAAAAAUAGCUUUGGACAAUUCACCGACAAAUGUUAUUAAGGAUUAUUUAUUAACAGCAGAUACCGACUCGGCGCAAGUUGGACGAAAGACAUUUGCAGUUUCUUUUGAUAAUGACAACUACAUUCUACGCUUUCCCACGGAGCCAGAACAACUACGGUUUAGGAAACUUAUUGAUCAUGUUAAGCGACUGCGGCCAAAGUCAGUAUUCUCACAGCGCACCGAAGAGUCUUCCGCUUCGCAGUAUUUUCAGUUCUAUGGCUAUCUGUCACAACAGCAAAAUAUGAUGCAGGACUACGUUAGGACCAGCACAUAUCAAAGAGCUAUUCUGGGAAACGCCAUGGAUUUUCAUAACAAAAUUGUUUUGGAUGUUGGCGCUGGCUCGGGUAUUCUUUCAUUUUUUGCGGUCCAGGCAGGCGCAGCAAAAGUCUAUGCCAUUGAGGCAUCCAAUAUGGCCCAGUAUGCGCAGCAACUAGUUGAAUCGAAUCAUGUUCAAGAUAAGAUAUUUGUAAUGCCUGGUAAAAUAGAGGAAAUCGAUUUACCCGAACAGGUCGAUGUGAUUAUUUCGGAGCCCAUGGGCUAUAUGCUCUAUAAUGAACGUAUGCUGGAGACUUAUUUACAUGCACGCAAAUGGUUGAAACCUAAUGGAAAAAUGUUUCCCACCCAUGGUGAUUUACAUGUGGCCCCAUUUUCCGACGAGGCACUCUAUUCGGAACAAUACAAUAAGGCGAACUUUUGGUAUCAAUCUGCAUUCCAUGGUGUCGAUUUGACAACUCUGCACAAGGAGGGCAUGAAGGAGUACUUCCGCCAGCCUAUAGUGGAUACUUUUGAUAUUCGUAUAUGUAUGGCAAAGUCAGUGCGUCAUGUUUGCGACUUUAUGAGAGAUAGCGAAAAUGAUUUGCAUAAUAUUGAUAUACCCUUGGAAUUUCAUAUUUUACAAACUGGCAUUUGUCAUGGUUUGGCUUUCUGGUUUGAUGUGGAAUUUUGCGGCUCUAGCCAGCAGGUUUGGCUAUCUACUUCUCCUACGGCACCAUUGACACACUGGUACCAAGUACGUUGUUUACUGCCAAUGCCAAUUUUCAUAAAACAGGGCCAAGUGUUGACCGGUCGCGUUCUUUUGGAAGCCAACAGACGGCAGUCUUAUGAUGUAACCAUUGAUUUGCACAUCGAAGGCACCUUGAUAUCAUCCAGUAACACAUUAGAUUUGAAAAAUCCCUAUUUCCGUUACACUGGCGCCGCCCCUGUGCCACCCCCUGGUACUUGUACACAAAGUCCCUCUGAACAAUACUGGUCCCAAAUCGAUACGCAAGGGCAACGUACAACCGGUAAUAUGGUUAAUGGCAUGGCUGUUAAUGGUCUCACCGAUUCUAUGGACAUUUCUCAUACGCUUAUGCAUCCUCAGUCGUAAAUAUUUUAUAUACAUAUACUAUAGAGACAAGAUAUAUUCUGAAACCAUACCAACCAACAAUCACCGCAAGAAAUCUACCAUCCCACCACCAUACACAUUUUCCCAUUUGCCCGUAAGCAAGCAGUCUUUCCAACCAUUUUAGACUACAAACUACAAAAAAAACCACACACACACUCAUAACUAACUUAUAUAUUAUAAUUGUCGGAGUCUUUUAAAUUUAUUUUAAGUGUAGCUUUAGAUGUUUUAUUUUAUUUUUUUUUACAAAUUUGUAUUUUUACGCAUUUUUAGAGAAUUCUUUGUUAUGUUCUAAUAUAUAUAUAUAUUUAUUCCAUGCUUUUUUUACCUUGCAAAAUCUCUCGGAUUAUAUUAAGUUCUGCGGAAAAGUUUAAUUUCAUUUAAUGUUUGUCAUUUAAGAAAAAUAAAUUGUUUGUUUUGUUGUAUUUUGGUUGAAAAUUAUGCCCCCGCCCUGUAUCUUGUUGCCUUUUAUGUUUACUUCAUCACUCGUGCAUAGGAUCAGUCAUAAAAGUCGAAGAAAAAAAAAAAAAUAUAAUAAAAAUUUUCGUACAUUUCGAUUUGAGUUGGAAAACUAAAUUUUCGUUGCCUGGUCAUUGAAGGUGUUCAUGGAACCCUUACAGAUUUUCGUGCAGAGACAUUGCAUUUUUUUUAUUAAGAAGCUCUGUAGCUAUUUGUAGGUUAAUACUGUCGUAUCGUAUUUUAUUUAGGGCGUUCAUAACUCGUAGAAGGUAAUAAAAAGCUUCCUUAAUUUAUAUUUUUAGUUUUUCUAAAGACCCAUUUACUUUAUCGUCAUCUUCAUCAUCAUCUUCAUCGUUUUAAUUAAGAAUGUAUUUGUAAAUGUUGUAUGAUGUCUUGAAUAGUUAGGAUAUAUUAUUCUCAACACAAAAUCACAGCCAUUUUUUCUUUUAAGAUUACAUUACCGUGUAGGAUAUAACGUUUUAAGUUGAUCUAUUGUUUAGUUUUGCGCUGUGCGACAGUCGCAAACGGCAAACUGGCAAAAGGACUAUUUAAGAACACUGAUAUUAUUAUGUUUCGCCGCCUCCCCCUAUACCGCUAUAUGGGAAUUUAAUAGAACGAACUAAAGCUCUUUGCUUGUACUAAACAUACAUAUGUAUACACAUGUUCUAUCUAUAUAUAGACCGAGAUUAUAUUUAUUGUUUUAAAUGCUAAGUUAAUCACAAACACCCACUUGAUUUACAAGAAAUAUACCAUAUUAUUAACAAAUGCUAUGGUAGAGAAUGGAGAAUGAAAACGAACUGCAAACAGAGAGGAUGAUCAAUGUGAAACUCACUUAAAUGUAUUGUAGAGUUUUACUCCUUUACGCAUUCAAUUCUUAUAGAAUGAAAUCUUUAUGGAUAAACUAUGCUAGAUCUCCUUAAAAUUAUACAAUACACACAUACAUAUAUACAGACUUCUUAGAUACAAACAAUAAAGAAAAUCCAAAAAUAAACAAUUUCUAUUAGAGUGUAGUGUUUUUGCUAUCUAUACCACAUACUUAUAAACUUGCAAACAAACUGGGAUAUGAAUGAUGUCCAAGGAAAACCAAAACAUACGAAAACAUUACCAACAAAAAUUAAAGAAAAACAAAAGAAAAUUUAAA